AUGGAAAAUACAAAGUGGUUAGAACAAGCUAUAAAAGAAGGACAUAUAAAUUUUCACGCAUAUGAAAAAUUUUCGGACGUUGUAGUAAUUGGGAGAGGUGCAUUUGGAGAAGUAUAUAAAGCAGCAUGGGAUAAUCGUGGGAUGAUCGUUGCAUUAAAAAGUCUUUUAAGUAACUUAGAAGAGAAUGUUAAUCCACAACUAUUAAACGAAUUAAUCAAAGAGCACUUGGGUGAAAUGUCAAGUGCGAUAUCAGAUGUAAAAGGAGAUAUAGCAUAUAUUGAACCGCAAUUAUUAGAAGAUCUUAAUGACAUUCAUCUUGAUGGGUCUAAACCUAAAGUGAUUAGCAGUAACAAUAUCAAGGGAACUGAGAAUAACAGUCGUUCAAAUAUUAGCAAGUCCAUCAAUCGAAGGAGUGUUUCAUCAUUUACGGAAAUUUCAUCGGAUUUAUCGAAUGCGAUUAAUGAUAUUGACGAGACUUAUCAUAGUUGUCAUUCAAAUGGUAUUACAGGAUCAUGUUCAGCGGAUUUGGGCUUAUCAUCGGAAAUGAUGAAUGCAGUUAAUCAGAUGGAUAAAGUUUAUUAUAAUAAUCGUUCUGACAAUGCUUCGGAAGUUACUUCAAUCAAAUCACUUAAAAUUAACAGUUCUGCAUCAUCGAAUUCUCAAAACGUUAGUAGUUCUUUAAAAAGUCCGAGGUUACCCAAAUCACGUCGUAGUUCACUUAAUUCACCACCAUCAUCUCCCACAUCAUUAACGCACGGUAGAAUUCAAAAUACAGAUAAAGCCUUCUUGGAAGAAUUGUUAAAAUUCUUUGAAGAAUUGUUAGAAUUAUCUCCGGACACAACUACAAUGAUCUCAAAGUUAAAAGGAUAUUUACAUAAUCGUAUGAGAGAACACAAAUCAACAUUUAAAUUAUUACUCAAAUAUCAUAAUGAUGUAAGGUUCGCUUGUUUAAUUGGAUAUUGCUUGGAAUGUGCUAUUGGCACCGCACAAGAUAAACACGAAGGUUUUAAAUAUUAUCAAAAAUCUGCUGAUUCAAAUAAUUCUAAUGGUCAAUAUUUUUUAGCUAGUGCCGAAGCUGGUAAUGUUACUUCCCAAAUGGAAUUGGGUAGAUGUUAUGAAGAAGGUAUUGGUACAAAGAAAAAUAUUCAACUAGCUUCUGAAUGCUAUGAAAAAUCUUAUAAAGGUGGUUUCACUCUUGCUAAAAAGAGAUGGGAUCAUAUAUUAAAAAUACAACGUCGUCUUCAGCUAUCCAAAAAUUCACCAAAUAUCACACAGGCAUUGCGUCAUCGAGGUGAUUUAGAAAAGUCGCGUGCAAAUACUAUGGAACUUCCCGAUCGUGUUCCGAAUCAAUCAUUUUCGACCUUGCGUAUGUUUAAGGUUGCAUGUUUUAUGGUAAAAGCGAAUAUUAUUGUUGUUUUAAAGAUUUUGAACUUCAACGGAAACAUUUCGACUAUAGACUAUGACAAAUACCACAAGUCGCAAUAA